CAGUGGAAAAGUUAGUUAUUGGUUGGGGAUUCCAUGCUUACUUUUAACGGAAGAAAGCUUCUAAUCUAACGAUAAAAAAAAUCACAUUCUCUUUGCUUCGUUCCCACAUUGCAUUUGUUUCCAAAUACUGUGAGUUGAAUCGGAAUUCGAAGCUAAGGAGAAAAACAUGGCUGCUGCUGCUGUGGGAGAAGCGUUGCUCUCGGCUGCUGUGGAAGCAAUGAUUGGGAAGAUCACAACUGAGAUUUCGGAGUUCUAUGGGAGCAAGAAUCUGGAUGAGUCACAGCUGGAUAAGCUGGAAUCGACGAUGCGAAUUCUUCAAGCUUUUCUGAGUGAUGCUGAGGAAAAGCAGAUCAAGAACGCUGCUGUGAAGGCAUGGCUUGAUGACCUCACUCAAGCUCUCUUUGAUGCUGACGACUUGCUCGACGACGUUGCCACCGAGGCUCUCCGUCGCAAAGUGGAAGCCCGCUAUGUUCCCCGCCGUUCCCUUGCCGUGAAGGUGAGGAAGGUCCUUUGCUAUCCAUUCAAGCGGCCUUAUGGAGAGAUCAAUUCUCAGAUGCAGAAAUUGAUUGAAAGAUUAAAUGACUUUGCAGAAAGAGCUCACAUCCUUCUACUACAGAAAGGUGUCUCUGGUAGUGAUUGGCGCACAACACCUACAAACUCUGCGGUGGAUGAUUCUGCUAUUUGUGGGAGAGAUGAUGAAAAGCAUAAUCUUAAAGAGUAUUUGCUGUCAGAAGAUGCUGUUGCUGAUGGUGGCGGUAAAAUAGGAGUGCUUGCCAUUGUUGGCAUGGGAGGCCUCGGAAAAACAACUCUUGCUAAACUCCUAUACAAUGAUCCUCAAGUUAAAGCAAAGUUUGAUGUGAAAGCAUGGGCAUCUGUCUCCAAAGAUUUUGAUGUUGUCAAGUUGGCAAAAUCUCUUCUUGAAUCUAUCACAUCUGCAGCAACAAAUUUGGAUAACUUCGAUGCCUUGCGAGCAGAAUUGCAAAAGAACUUGUCGGGUAAAAGAUUUCUGCUUGUCUUGGAUGAUAUAUGGAAUGCAGAGUAUGUUGCUUGGACCAAUUUGAUGCCCAUUUUUAAUGUUGGACAAAUGGGAAGCAAAAUCAUUGUUACAACACGACAUCAAGAUGUUGUGGAUAAUGUAAAAGCUAUGCGCACCUGCCGUCUGGAACCAUUGGCCAAUGAAGAUUGUUGGACUUUACUUUCCAAACAUGCAUUUGGAGCACACAAAUGCAAUGAACUGUCAUCCAACUUUGAAGAAAUUGGUAGAAAAAUUGCCGAAAAGUGUGGUGGCUUGCCAUUAGCUGCGGUUGCAUUGGGGGGUCUUCUUGGCAGAAAGGUAUCAAGCGAGCACUGGACUAAAGUCUUAAACAGCAACAUUUGGAAUCUUACAGUGAAAGACGUGCAGCCAGCUCUUCUUUUGAGCUAUCAUUUCCUUCCAGCUUCUUUGAAACAAUGCUUUGCUUAUUGUGCAAUUUUCUCAAAAAACUCGAAGCUGCAAAAAGAGGCGUUAGUUCAGCUAUGGAUGGCGCAAGGCUUUGUUUGUGUGUCCCAAAAUGAGAAGAGCAUUGAAGAAGUAGGCGGUGAAUACUUUGAUGAACUAGUAGCAAGGUCGUUGAUACGACGAUCUGUUGAUGGGCAACACUUUGAAAUGCAUGACCUCAUCAACGAUUUGGCAACCAUGGUUUCUUCUCCAUAUUGUAAGAGGUGCGAGGAUCAAAAGGCCGUUGAAAAUCAAAACAAAAUUCGUCAUUUAUCUUAUGAUAAAAAUAUGUUUAACCAUUUUGGCGAACUUGAUUCCUUUCAUGGAUUGAAAGGUCUUCGUACACUCCUAGCAUUACCAUUACCAUUUGAUAACCGCAUUGAAACAGUUGCGGGUGUUAUCCCUGUCAAGCUACUGGAAUAUCACUGUUUUGCCGAAUUCUAUUGGCGAUUUAAAGCACUUGCGACAUCUAGAUCUAUCUUUCACUGGAAUUAA